AUGAUGUCUUUCAAUAACUGUCGGGCAUAUCUAAAACAGGGAAAGCUGAUAGCAGAUGAUGGCACGAUCCUCAGUGUAAAUGACCAUGUAUAUUUGGUUUGCGAACCCCCCGGCGAACCCUACUACCUUGCUCGCAUUAUGGAAUUCCUACCAUCCAAAGAUAAUCCCGAUGGGCCUAUCGAAAGCAUAAGAGUUAAUUGGUAUUACCGACCACGGGACAUCCAUCGUAAAGCCGCCGAUCUACGUGUCGUGUUUGCUUCAAUGCACUCGGAUACCUGCCCUUUAUCGUCACUGCGUGGCAAAUGCCAAAUUAAACAUCUGUCCGAAAUCUCAAAUCUCGACGAGUUCAGAAAAUCCAAGGAUUGCUUCUGGUUUGAGAAAAUGUAUGAUCGGUACAUCCAGAGAUAUUACGAGGUUAUCCCUACAACUACGGUUAUCAAUGUUCCUCAACAUGUCAAGAAGGUCCUGGAUGAGCGGUGGAAAUACGUCCUAGUUGAGUUAGGCCGCAGAAAGGACCUGACCAGUGCAGUUAAAACCUGCAAAAAAUGUAGUUUAUAUGCCGCGAACAUGGAUUCGGUUGAUUGUGCUGUAUGCCACAGCACUUACCACAUGUAUUGUGUACGUCCUGUACUACAAAAGAAACCGGCUCGAGGAUUUGCGUGGGCUUGCGCAGCGUGCAGUCGUGCCCAGGAGCGAAAGCUAGAAGCGAGAAAUACCCCUAUCAUCGGAGAUGCGUCAAUCGAAACUGAACCAGAAGUUAUCGAGGAAGAAGAGGAGGAUCCUGCCGCUCAUGCAGAAGUCACACAGCGAAGCACCCCUGCUCUACCUGAUAUCGUUCGACCCGCCACCAGUGAGCAAAUUGCUCAGGCAAAACUGUGGCCUUUUAGGUAUCUGGGGAUACAUUGUCGAGUAGAAGAUGCUUUGGAUUAUGACGACAGGAUAUACCCUCGUGCAAGUUCUCGAAUAGGUCCUCGUCAUCAAGCUAACGUUAUUCCAUGGCACGGCCACCCAGUUCAAUAUGUCAAAACUGCUGAACCGAGAAAAAAGAACGUCAAAUCGAACAAUAAAAAGGAUCUCAAGCUCUCUAAAGAAGCCGUUGCUGCGAUAGAGGCGGAGAAAGCAGAACGAGCUAAGAGGCCAAAAUGGAUCCAAGAUGAACCUGUAGGAUAUAUUCCCCGUGGAGAAGAUGAACCGGUUACGGUAAACGGGAAACAGAUUCGCACCGCAGAAUUGGAAUUCAAGAUGCCCGAAGCUUCACAACUUCCAUCUCGUGGAGAAGACGAUGCCUCUGAAACUUCACUAAGCGAUACAGACCGUGAAAAGUUUGUGGACGAAUAUAUGGCUAAAGCCAAAGAAAUCGCGCCUUCUCUCAAAGUGGAAAAGUAUUCCACUAAUUUCUUGGACAAAGCUCUUGCUCUCCUCUAUGAGGAAAAUUUCAAUGUGGAUGCUGCACUUGCAAAACUGAAACGAGUCAAUAAGUAUUCAGAUCUCAAGGAACCGUAUCUCCGUCCAGAAGAGAUUAAAGCAUUUGAGAGUGGAGUUGCAAAAUAUGGAUCGGAGCUUCGCAAUGUGACGAAACAUGUCGGCACCGUUCCCCAUCGUCACAUUGUUCGAUAUUAUUACAUGUGGAAAAAGACGGAGAAAGGGCGUCAGAUCUGGGGCAAUUUUGAUGGGCGGCGGGGAAAGAAAGCUGCAAAACAAGCAGAUAAUGCGGUGAAACUAGUUGAUGAUGUCGCAGAUGACCAUGAUGAUUCUGCAUUUGACAAUGAGAAAGCCAAGGACAAAAAACGGGGCUUCACUUGCAAAUUUUGCUCGACGAGAUCUUCAAGAUUAUGGAGGCGUGCCCCCGGAACGCCUCCUGGUACCACUGUUCCUGUAGACCUUAAACGUGAUAAAGCGGUGCAAAGUCUCACUGUUGCCAUAUGUUCACGAUGUGCUGUGCUUUGGCGAAAGUACGGUAUUCAGUGGGAAGAUGCGGACGAAGUCGUUAAGAAGAUUGGACAGGGGGGCAGCAAGUCGUGGCGUCGACGCUAUGAAGAAGAGCUACUCGUCCAGCUCCUCACUUCGUCGGAAACAGAUGUCAAAAUCAACAGCACGACCGCAGCGACAGCUACUGCGAUGGGAAUUCCCGUUAUUGCGGAUGUGAACGUCCCACCACCCCCUUCGGAACCACCUAGGAAAAAGGCGAAAUCAUCAUUGGACCAGAAUGGUAACGCUCAGGCCACCAAUACUCCCGCAGAUCCUGUUCCGAAAAAGAAGGUGGUUGAAAAACCCGCUGAACCACCACCAAUUGCACCCGAGCCACCAAGGGUGAAGACACUUCCGUGCGCGGUGUGCAGCAAAAUGGAUCCCAUGGGCGAUCAGCAUCUAUCCUGUCGCGAUUGCCGCUUGACCGUUCAUCGAGCGUGCUACGGCGUGAACCCUUCGUGGAACUCAUCGAAAUGGUUCUGUGAUAUGUGUUCAAACGAUAGGAAUCCCGUUAUUUCCACGUCAUAUGAAUGCGUUCUGUGUCCGGUUACGUACACUGAGCAUGAGCUAAUGGAACCUCCCAGGGUCUCACACAAAAAGAAAACAGACCGUGAGCGUGAAAAGGAGCGGCUGGAGAAGGAGAUGGUGGCGGAAGCUAGCAAGCUUUACAAGAUACGGCAAAAGGAGGCUGGUAAACCGACGGGUCCACGCGAGCCGCUCAAACGAACCGCUGGUAAUAAUUGGGUUCAUGUCACCUGUGCAGUUUGGAUGCCUGAGAUAAAGUUUGGAAACGCAAAGGAGCUGGAGCCGGCUGAAGGGUUAGGCCUAGUACCAGCUGAAAGGUAUCAGGACAUUUGCAAAAUCUGCAAGACGCGGCAAGGAGCUUGUGUUUCUUGUCACAACACUUCUUGCAAUGCGCGGUUUCAUGUUGGAUGUGCGCAUCAGUCUGGUUACAUUUUUGGUUUCGAUAUUACUCCGGUAAAAAGCAGUCGACGCGAUGCUGUUCACAUGAUGAAAUUAGGUGAUGAGGCUGGUGCUGUCACGCCUGCGAUUUGGUGCCCCCACCACACCAUUUCAACAGUUGUCCAUGAAAUGAGUGAACCUAGCGAGAUCCAGGGGCUGAAUGCAUUGCAACUUUAUUGCCAGACUUCCAAGCAAGCUGAUCUCACUUUGACGGGUACGGUACGGAAAGCCGCGCAUGUUCAACAGUCUGUUGGGGUAUCGAUUCAAAACGGCCUGCACAUUGCUCACAACCGGCGGAUCUCCGUAAAUGGCACUGCUUCUCUGCAUCAUGGGAGCAAGGAUAGCAGUAAUGCAACUGUUAGGGUGUCAGCGGAAUCAUCUUCCCCUAGUAUAGGAAGUAAUCACACCGCAGGUGAUGUCAGCGGCCAGAGUUUAAACACCGCGGGCAACAAAACUUGCGUAAAUUGCAACUCAACAUUCAGCCCAAAAUGGUGGACAGUCGAAUCAUCUGGGGACAGUCGUCUAUUGAUGAACGGUGUUGGUCAAAUCGACGGUUCCCAUGCGGUCCCAACUACGGCAUCCCCAUAUCAAACACCAUCCAUAAUGAAUGGAGACAUCGCUCUGACCGAUGCAGACCGCAUGAUUACGUCACAUCAAGGCUCACUGCCAUGUCAUCCAAAUCCUACUAGGACAUUGCACGAAUGCCACAAAUGCCAUGUCAAAAAGCUGUCGGCAUCGCCCUUAGAAUCCGAAGCGCGACCUUCCCCAUACACGGCUAAACGUGAUCCCAGUCUUCCUGCGGCCCGUGCUUCAGAGUUCCCUAACAACCGAUACUCCCCGUCGCCACAUCCACAUGCCCACCCAACACCCCAGCAGCCAAAUCUACCCAUUCCCCCCAUCGUCCCAAUACACGGCCACGGCCAUAGCUCCACAGACUGGCGUCCGGAGUACGAGCAACAAUCAAACGACUAUGGGCCCUCUCUCAUGCUCAAUGGCAUACCAGCUGGUGGUCCCCCGUCCAACGGCCUCCAGUCACUCGGACCACGAAGCUUCCAUGGUGCUCCUCCACCUCCACCUCCACCUCCGCCACCUCACUUGAACGGUUAUCAUCCUUCUAUCCAACCACACCACCAGGCCCCACCUCCACAGCACUAUACAAACAACGUCCCUCCCCCUCCACCCCCCCAUACCUUCUCGGCCCAUCAAAGUCCUUAUAGCCCCGUCCCCCUACCACCACCACAUUCCCCUCAACCGAGCCGACCAUAUACCACCACCACAUCCCCGCCAGCCUCACAAUUUUCCCCGCCACAUACUCUGAGCUCACUUCCACCACCCGGUCCCCGUAUGUUUUCAGUCGAGCGCUCCAUUGCUCCGAGCCAUCCAUCACCUUCCUCUACACGCCGCAACCUUGACCCGCAGUGCCCAGCUACACCUGCCGCCGGUGAUGAAAACAUUGCGCACAGCAGCGGCCCCGGCCCGGCACCUGUUAGGCCGAGUAGUUCUGGGCGAUUCCAUGGUGUAAAUGGACCCGUAGCUGGAUCAGGGUCGGGGUCGGGUUCAGGGGCUAGCGCAAGUCCAUCUCUUAAGAAUUUACUUUCUUAG